UAUCCAAGGGCGUUUCAUGAAUUUCAUAAGACAUUUUGUUCUCGUAGCCCUUCGCUUAUAAUAUAGCCCCGUUCAAGUUUGAUGUUCCAUCACCAGAUGAUAUUGUUUCUAGUGGAUUGUUUUCCACAAAAAUGGGUUCAAAAGCUACUUUUUCUGAUAAAAAAUCUUCAAGAGUUCCCUCAAGCAUUUCGAAACCGGAUAUUGUCACUUCAAAAUCAAGUACUAAAGAUAGUUCUUCAGGUUUAAUGCAAAAAGACAGAUGUGGAAGUGUGGAUGAGAAUACUCAGUUCAAUGAAGGUUCAUGUAAUACAGAAUCGAGGGAAAUGUUAAAGAGCUCAGUUCCAUAUAUGUCAAAAAGGAGAGACAAUGUAUUGCAUGAUAGCAGUUCCUCUUCGUUAAGUCAGGGUGACCCUGAAAAUCUUGUUAGUAAUCUGAAAAACAUUCCUUCAGCCAGUAAAUUUGGAAAUUCAAAUAACUUGAAAGCUAAACAAGUAAAUCCACAAGCUCAGUAUAAGCCUGAAACAUGGAUGCUCGCGGAGAAAGCAGAGAAAACUCAGCUGAAUCUUGCAGUUGUUGGUCAUGUUGAUUCUGGAAAAUCAACACUCUCAGGUAGACUUUUGCAUCUUUUGGGACGAAUAUCUCAGAAGGAAAUGCAUAAAUAUGAAAAAGAAGCCAAAUUACAGGGAAAAGGGUCCUUUGCUUAUGCAUGGGCAUUGGAUGAGAGUGCUGAAGAGAGAGAAAGAGGAAUCACUAUGACCGUGGCUGUUGCAUAUUUUGAUUCCAAAAAAUAUCAUGUUGUUCUGCUUGAUUCUCCUGGACAUAAGGAUUUUGUUCCAAACAUGAUAUCUGGAGCAACACAAGCUGAUGCUGCAAUUCUUGUGAUAGAUGCCUCUAAUGGGGCAUUUGAGGCUGGUAUGGAUGGUAUGAAGGGUCAAACAAGGGAGCAUGCACAACUUAUCAGAAGUUUUGGUGUUGAUCAGGUCAUAGUUGCAGUCAACAAAAUGGACUCUGUGGGAUACUCUAAGGAUCGUUUUAAUUUGAUUAAACUGCAACUCGGAACAUUUCUCCGCACUUGUGGUUUUAAAGAUUCCUUUAUAUCAUGGAUUCCACUAAGUGUCAUGGAAAAUCAAAAUCUGGUAGCAGUCCCUACUGAUGUUCGGUUGUCGUCAUGGUACUCUGGUCCUUACUUGCUGGAUGCAAUUGAUUCUCUCCCGUCUCCUACUAGAGACUUCUCAAAGCCUCUACUAAUGCCCAUAUGUGAUGUCAUAAAAUUGUCCCCUCAAAAUCAGGUGUCUGCUUGUGGAAAAUUGGAGGCUGGAGCUCUUCGAAGUGGAUCUAAGGUCUUAAUUUUGCCGUCUGCACAAGUAGGGACAGUGCGCUCAUUAGAGCAAGACUCCCGUCAUUGCACAGUUGCACGAGCUGGGGACAAUGUAGCCGUCAGUCUACAUGGCAUUGAUGCAAACCAUGUAAUGGCUGGAGGUGUGCUAUGUCAUCCUGAUUUCCCAGUUGCAGUUGCUGAACAUUUAGAAUUGAAGGUGCUUGUCUUGGAUGGUGCAGCCCCUCUCCUGAUUGGUUCUCAGUUGGAGUUUCACAUACACCAUGCAAACGAAGCUGCCAGAGUUGCAAAAAUAUUAUCGAUACUUGAUCCAAAGACUGGCAAGGUUAUUAAGAAGGCUCCUCGGUGUCUCAUUGCUAAGCAGAGUGCAGUGCUUGAGGUGGUUCUGCAGGCUCCUGUUUGCGUGGAAGAGUUCUCAAAAAACAGAGCUCUUGGGAGAGUGUUUUUAAGAGCUCUAGGAAGAACAGUUGCCGUGGGAAUUGUGACUCGAAUAAUAGAGGAAGUACAAUAGUCUUAUUUCAAGAUUAUAAAAUGUUACUGGGUGUCCAUAACCAUAAAGCCCGUAAGGCUUUUCCAGGCAAAAUUUUUGCAACAUUUUUAGGCCCCUUUUCUUUAGCCCUUCUCUGCAGGUAAAAGUAACCUCCACUCCAUGUGCGUUGAAGACAUGCACCUGGUUUACCUGUACAAUACAUAGUUCCGAGGUAGUAUAUAUACUUGUGUUCAUCUAUUGGUCAA